GUUACCGAAGUAUAUCGACAAGUUCUAAGCAUGCGCACUCUAUCGUGCAAAGAAAGAAAAUGGCGUAUGACGGUCAUCUUUCCAAGAGACAAAGAACUGACGACGGUAUGCACGGAAUUGGAUCAAGGGAUAAAUUUGAUGACCCACACAAGCCUUCGCCAUCGCCUGUAAUCCAUGUUCGAAGUCUUUCUGAACAUGCCAUUGAAGGUGACCUUGUGGAAGCUGUACAGAAUUUUGGAACUGUCAGAGAUGUCAUUAUGAUGCCCCGAAAGCGACAAGCACUUAUCGAGUUUGAGGAUCUUAGUGGUGCCAGGAACUGUGUUAAUUACUGCCAGACAAAUUCAAUAUAUGUUGCAGGCCAGCCAGCCUUUUUCAAUUACUCUACAAGUCAGAAGAUUCAAAGACCAGGAGAUCCAGAAGAUAUGAGGCCUGCAAAUCAUAUUCUUUUAUUCACGAUCCUGAACCCACAGUACCCCAUAACAGUUGAUGUUAUGCACACUAUUACUGUUGCAUAUGGUCAGGUACUGAGAAUUGUCAUUUUCAAGAAGAAUGGUGUCCAGGCUAUGGUUGAAUUUGAUAGUAUUGAGUCUGCAAAGAGAGCCAAACAGUCCCUAAAUGGAGCCGAUGUCUACUCGGGAUGUUGCACGCUGAAAAUUGAGUAUGCUAAGCCAACCCGACUCAAUGUUGUACGGAAUGAUUCCGAAAGCAGAGACUAUACAAAUACAAGUCUUGGAAAAGAAGGCGGAGGCCAUCGCAACAUGCCGCUGCUAGCUGACCCCAGAAUGGGAGGAACUCCUGCUCCAUAUAAUGGCCCUGCAGAUAUCUCUGGUCGUGGCGGAGGAUAUGGACCCCAGUCCUACUAUGAGCAGGACUACGAUGGCGGCUAUGGCGGACCGGGGCGUGGAUACGGUGGACCACCGGACAGAUUCGGUGGCAAGCCUGGUGUGAUGGAUCAGUACGGACCUCCACAUAGGUUUGCUGAUCAUGCACUGGAUCCUUAUGGCCCACCACCGUUUCCUGACAUGGGAAUGGGCCCUGGACCAGGACCAUCACAGCAACAGAGUUCUGUUGUCAUGGUAUAUGGACUCAACAUGGACAAAAUGAAUUGUGAACGACUCUUCAAUCUCUUUUGUCUGUAUGGAAAUGUUGUCAAGAUCAAGUUUUUGAAGAGUAAGGAGGGCUCGGCCAUGGUUCAGAUGGGAGACCAGUUGUCUGUGGAAAGACUGAUUCAUAAUCUCAAUCAGAUGCUACUCUUUGAAAGCAAACUUCAGCUGAGUCACUCCAAACAGGCCUACCUACAAGAUGUGCACAACCCACACGAGUUACCUGAUGGAUCUUCAUCUUUCCUUGACUGCAUGGGAAACCGAAACAACCGAUUUACCAAUCCUGAAGCUGCCCAGAAGAACAGAAUCCAAGCUCCUGGAAAGGUUCUCCACUACUUCAAUGCUCCACCAACUUUGACGGAUGAUGAGAUCAGAACAAUAAUGGAGAAUGCUGAAGCCAAGCCACCAAUCAAAUUCAAACAGUUUCCUUCAAAAAGUGAGAGAAGUUCCACUGGACUUAUUGAGUUUGAGAACAAAUCAGAUGCUAUGGAAGCCCUUUCACUGACAAAUCACACUCCCAUUCCUCAUGAAGGUAUGUCUGGGAAGAACCCAUACAUCCUGAAACUGUGCUUCUCAUCCACACCUAUCAUUGGGUAAAAACAACACCCAGUAAACUGAUGUUUCAUCUGGAGACAGUGUGAAGUGAAUGUCACUCCAGAAUAUCACUGAUCAAACAGAGCUGCAUUCCCAUUAGAUAUAUGUAUAUGUGCUUAGAAUGCAGAUUGUUUAUAAAAUUAGGAUUCAUAUUUGAAAUAUUGGAUAAAACUCAUUUCAUUGUGCAUAAGACGAAGCUUGUGAGAUAUAUGUUUGUUGGAUUUCAGUAUUUUUUACUCUGAUCAUGUAAUAAGGUUGUUACCAACGGAAAUGUGUUUUUUAAUGGAAAUUUCUUUUAAUAUUGUCAAAGGAACUGGUUGCCUAUUCAUUGUGAAUUGUGUGUGUAAAAUGUAGUUUUAUGUCACUUUUGAUGAAAAGAGUAAAUAAAUUAGUUCCAAAAAUUAAA